UUAAGAGUCAGGGCUCUGCGACAGUUUCCACACAGAGGACCAACCGGCAACUCCAACUAGCCCCGUUGGGUUGGGUCGUCCCCGCCUACUCUGGCGUCUCCGUAGCGACGCCCUCGGCGUAAAGCCCGCCCACUGCACGCGCUGAGCCACCACUUCCGCCCUCGCCUUCCACUGAGCAAGAUGGCUGAGGAGUCCGAGUCUGCGCUGCAGCUCCCUCCUUCAAGUACUACUGAUGGCGAAGGACCUACGGAGGUCUCCCCAGAAACAGCCACUCCGGAGCCUCCUUCUUCCGCUGCAGUCUCCCCGGGAACAGAGGAACCUGCCGGCGACACCAAGAAAAAAAUUGAUGUCCUCUUGAAGGCUGUGGGAGACACCCCUAUAAUGAAAACAAAGAAGUGGGCUGUAGAGCGAACCCGAACCAUUCAAGGACUCAUUGACUUCAUCAAAAAAUUCCUUAAGCUUGUGGCCUCUGAACAGUUGUUUAUUUAUGUGAAUCAGUCCUUUGCUCCCUCCCCAGACCAGGAGGUUGGAACCCUCUAUGAGUGUUUUGGCAGUGAUGGUAAACUGGUCCUACAUUACUGCAAAUCUCAGGCCUGGGGAUGAAGUACAGAGAAAAAGAUCUUGCUACCCAAAUGAAUCUUCACAAAGGAAACAGCCUUGGAAAAAGUUUUGAUACUUGUGACAAGAGACUUGUGUAUGUGAUCUAGUUAGCAUGUAUCUACCAUGACUUCUGUUUAUGCCUAAGGAAAUCCAUAGAGUAGAUGGGCUCACAAAAAUGUGAUUUGUAUUAAUACACAAAUCAUCAUAGGAGAUUGACUUUAGAGUAUACCCAUUACUACAGCUCUUGCUCCAAAUCUGCCUCCAGUGUGUUGAAAAGGAGACUUAAGACUGUAGAAAGCUUCUUCGUUACCAGUUCUCAGUGACUGAAAUUGUUUACUUGUCGAAUGAACACUCUGCUGAUUUUUUCCACUGUAAAAGGCAGUUUACUAAGGGAUUCUUUUUGUGUGCAUUCAGGGAAGUUCAGUUUGAGGUAUGGGUUAUGCCUUUUCUCAUGUGCAUUUAGACCUACCGUGUUAGGAAGUAGGAACAGAGACUGGCUGGCUUUAUAUCUCACAUGGUCCAGUAGGUGGCAGCCUAGCUGGCAGAAAGAUUUCAGCAGUUUGGUUUUACAUUUUUUCCGGAUGAUAAUGGAGGGAAAAAGCGUCUCCUGCUACUUUGUAGCAAACAUCUAGCCAAGAGAGCAGGCAUGUUGACACACUGGAAGGCUGCUUUAGAGAAUGUGCGUGGUUUACAAUUAUUUUAGUGGGAAACGGAAGGAAUUUUACAAAUUCUGGACAACUGAGUCAUACAGCACUUCAGUCCUAUCAUUUAAGGAGUGUGAGUCCUAAUGGUUGUAACUGUGGUUGUCAUUUUGUGUCUUAUUUUUACAAUGUCAAAAGCAUUUAAUGAGUAAAGCCAGGAACAUCUUUGAGUUUUUUAUAAUCCAUUUUCUACCCUGAAAAUGCUCAAAGAAUAAUGGAUAGCCUUAGGUUUUUUGUGUAUUUCAUUCUAUGACUAAAAGUACCAUUUUUCCUGAUGCUGUAAGACUGGUAAUUCUUACAGGUGAGAUUCUGUAUUUUAUCAUUCUGUACUAUAAUGGUAAUGCAGCAUUUCAAAAAAGCAUUCCAAUAAAUGGAUUGGAAUGUUCAAACAGGAGCUAAUACAUGGAUGAGAAUUCUGAGUGUUUAUUUUCAAAAGUAAUUAUGAUUUUGUCAAAAGACUUUGAACUACACUUCUGUCCCUUAAAUCCCACAAUGUACUUUAUGGUUAAUGAUCUGCCAUAUGUUAGCAUCAGGGUAUGCUAAGGAACAAUUCAGUUUACAGUGAUGCAAUCACUCUUCGGUACUCAUUUUUCUGCCCAAGAAUGAAUUCUUAAGUCUCCUUAUACUGAUGUCCCUGUGUACUAAAUUAAUAUAGCUAGGAGUUAGCUCUGGAAUAAUACAGGGUGAAUUAUGCAAAUUUAUCUUGUAAGACUGGGGAAGAAAUUUAUAUAUAUGUUGAAAGCUGGGAAGGGUAUCAUUUUUGAGUCAAAUAAGUUGGAUAUGGAAAAGAUCUAUUCUCUAGCUUUAUCCACUUAUAGUUACUGAAGGGUGUGGAUAUAUUUAUUUAUAUGCGUGUAUGUAGCAAAAAUGUGUUUAAAUUACAUUAAAUUUGCCAUUGAGGUUUCGAUAGAAUAUUUACUACCUCAGCAUUGAAAACUGCUUGAGUUUGACUUUGUGACAUCAACUUAAUUAUUCUUUUUUGAUCUAAAUAACAAUUAAAUCUAAGGUUAGCUAAAUAUACAUACCUUAUUUGUUUUCAUCCCUAAUAACCUUGAAAGUAUAUGGGGCUUUACAUAUUUUUCAAACCAUAUUUACAUUAUUAUCUCUUAAAUCCUUGCCCAAAGGAUUUAGUCAUUCUUUGCUAACUUUGCAACAGUUAACCUUUAAGCCUGGAUCUCAUAAGCUAUUGAGUGGCUAGAAACUAAAACACACUUCACAAGUAUUUUUACAAUUAUCUAGUUUAAACUGCCUUAAUUGUAACUGAGUCUGGGGCGGGGAGCACCAAACCUUCCAGUUGUACUUUAAGUUUUGCAUCUUUAUGAGAAAAGCAGUGUCAGUAACUUCAUGCCUUACCUUGCUGUGCGAAGAUGACCCACAGCACACACAACAUAUAUAGUAAUGGAAUAUUGUGCUUCCGUCUUUGAAGGUCCCAGUGCCAAGGAUUUCAUAAUGAGCCCCCCCACAUUUAGGGUAUAAGGUAUGCUGAGAAUUUUAUCUGUAGUCAAAAUAAGAUUUGCUACAUCGUGGAAUCUAUGAUUUUGUAGAAGUUUUAAGCCUCAAGGGACCUUAAACAUCUACUCUAAUCAGAUUAGAAAACCAAGUGCAAACUGCUCCUUAGAUUGUAUGGCGCUAGUCAGCUGGAUUCAUUUGUGCUCAACCUAGAGCCCAAGGGGUCUCGGUGUUGAAGGACUAUGGAGAUGAAAAUCCCCUUUCCUGCACCUUCUUCAUUUUCCAAAGAUCAUAAUACAAUGGGUAAGCAUCUGGCAGUAGGGAAGUCACUUACAGACCUCAUGGUGGAAGAAAAGUAUUCAAAAUAGUUCAGCAGGUGUCUUGCUCUUUCCCUACAUUAUCCAACCCAUACUGGAUUACUCACUGUUUCCUGAACAGGCCUUGUGCUUUGUUUCCUACAUCUACUUAUGCAGUCCACUUCUAGAAGUAUACUGACACCUUCCCCUCUGAAAAUCCUACGUCUCUGCCUAAUUCAGAUUUUAACUUUUCCUCAAAGCCUGCCUAAAUCAUUCAGGAUACUCUCCCUCAUAAGAACACUCACAGCGAACUCCCACUCUUUCAGCACUUACUGUAUGCUAUAUUAUAAGCACCUUUCAACUUAUAAGCUAUAUUAUAACACCUUUCAUGAUUGUCAUGUCUCUGAAAACAGGGAUGCUUUUUGGCGUUUUAUUUGGUCUCCAUGCAUAAUAUUCAUUAUGUUUCCUUAUACAUAUAUAAUCAGUAAUUGAUUAUACAAUACAAUUUUGGAUUGCGAGUCACUUGUUCUGCGAGUGUUCCGCAAGACAGGCAGACGUCUCUAAUAAAUUUUAACUUGAUAAAUGA